GAUGGAGAACAGGGAACAGAUGGUCCUGACCUUCUAUAAUCCUAAGGUUCCCCAAAUUAGGGGGAACCGGUACUACCAAAGGCCUACCCUCCCUGUCAACAAAUAUCCCAAUGCCUCGAUGGCACCCCAGAGGCGGCAGCAGCAUGUGAAUCAGACACACAUCUACAUCCGAACGUUCUGUGGCAGCCUGUGUGGUUUUGGUUUUCUAAUGGUGAUCUGCACGUCCCCAAUGAACUGGGUGCAGUUCCUGGUGAUCAAGAAUGGCUUUGAGCUCUACGCAGGACUCUGGAUCACAUGCAACCAUGAGCUGUGCUGGAGCAACACACCCAAACCACCCUAUUACCUCCAAUAUUCUAGGACUUUCUUCCUCAUCUCUAUCUUCUCCGUACUUGUUGCCCUUUCCUGGCUCAUUACCUCUUGCCUGCCUAGAAGAGGAAGUAUGACCACCAACUUGGAUCUGAAGCUAUCCACACUCAGCUUCAUCUCAGCCAUCUCCUUGCUCCUCUGCCUCGUCCUAUUUCUGGCACAGGUUUACAGGCAUACUAAGGAUGUCUUGGAGUCAGAUCUCCUAUGGACCUAUCAUAUUAAUUGGUGGAGUGACUUCUUAUACACGUUUUCUGGGAUCAUCUCCUUCCUCAACCACAUAACUUCCCGAUUUCCUCCCCUUGAUCAAAAUGUCUGUGCAAGUCCCAAAGAGAUGUCAAGGCUGGGGAUUGGUCCAGUGACCAAAGAAUUAGCUGCUGAAGGUGAAGGGUUAAGGUCUGAUGUGGAAACUCCAACUGAGGAAGAGAAAACAGCCCCCGAAGCAGAACCAUGAUGAUGAUAGAAAACGCCAACUGCUGCUUGUUUUAAAAAUGGAGGAGAAGCUGAAUUAGAAAUGGUUGUGCAGAUUCUAGGAAACUCUCCUAAUAUCAUGGCCAUGUCACUGAAGGAGAAAACAGUAAAGCUAUCUUUUGUGUGUACUGGAUCUGGAAUAUGUAUUAUAGAAAUAUAAAGAAAAUAGUAAAAAUCCACUUUAAAAUUU